AUGAAGAAGCUUGGGUGUCCUAUGGCACUCACUACCCUCAACGCUCAACAAUGGCAGGACAACAUGUCACCGGUUCUCCAGGUGUGCUUACCUAAGUCAGGUGUUUGCCGCAACUUUCCUCGUUCGGUGGUCUUUGCCCCGGUGAAUUAUCAAGGCCUUGGAGUUCCUCACCCCUUUGGCGAGCAAGUGUACAAACAUUUGACGAUGUUUUUGCGCCAUAUGUCAGGGGGUACAAAGACUGGAGCCUACAUGGACGCCAAUCUCCAGGCCCACCAACUGGAGACUGGUACUUCCUUUGGUCUUCUACAGCAAGAUUACCAGAACACAUCCAUUCUUGCGUCUGAUACCUGGCUUAAACGGGUGUGGAAGGAACUUCAGUCACUGGAUAUGUAUGUGGCCUUUGACUCCCCGGCCUUGUCUUUAAGGUGUCAUCAUGACGCCCUCCUGAUUGACUUGUUCAUGGAUCUCAAGGUUGAUCAGGACGACCUUCUCUGGCUUAACUGGUGCCGGAUGUUCCUGCAAGUAACCACCGUGUCAGAUAUCACUACGGCCGAUGGCCGCUAUAUCCGGCAAUGCAUCUGGAACGCACCACCCUCUGCUCCAACCCCUGGGACCUUGGCACGACCACUUCGAGUCUUGGAACUGGCUCUGGUCGCCGACUGUUGGCUUGUUCCAUCGGGUUGGGGCUGCAUGGACCCAUCUCGCCCUUUGAGGCCCCUCUCCGGUUCCAACUCGGUGCUCCUCACUGGUACAGGUCUCCCAACCUUGCCUUCCUCCAACCCGGCCCCCUCCAUCCUCCAAGCCUGGCAAACCUUUGCCAACCUCUGCACAGACUACUAUGGGUGGGUCCCUGAUGAGAUUGAGGUACAUGGGGAUGAAGCUGCCUUGGCCGAUGCCCUGAUCCAGGGGGGAACUGCUCGCAUUGUCAUCCGUUGUCAGACUCCAGGUUUACCUCAGGAUCAGAGUGCCUAUCGUAGCGAGUUGAUUGGCCUUCUGGCAGGGAUUAUGGCGGUCGAUUGGCUCCUCCAACAAUGGUUCCCAGCCCUUACCCAGCGGCCUUGUGUCAAGAUUGCCUGCGAUGGUCUUUCGGCCAUUGAAAUGGCCUUUGAAGAUCGAACACUUUCACCCACUGAUGCGCAAUGUGACCUGGUCUCUUCCAUCCGGGAAGCCAUCUCUCGGUCUUCAGUGUCUUGGUCUCCGCGGCAUGUCUAUGGCCAUUUGGACAAGUCCAAAUUAUUUGGUGAAUUCACUUGGUGGGAAAAGAAAAACCUGGAGGUAGACGGCAUGGCAGUGGAUUUCCGCAAGGAACUUGAGGCUGCCCACCAACUUAUCCCCUCCAAUCCUCGGUUCUUCACGGAACUGGCAGCUCUUUUUGUGGCCGGCACAAAGCAGUCCCGGCUGAGUGACCAAUUCAUUCAGGAAUGUGUGACACUUCCCCACCUGCGGCAACAAUGGAGGAACCAUAAUGUGAUCUCUGAGGAGGCCGAAAACCUCAUUGAUUGGGAGACACUGGGUCGUGCUAUGCGGUCACUACCUGCCGGACUCCAGCGCUGGAUUACAAAACAUUGGGUGGGCAUGUGUGGCACGGGGAAGUUCAAAGUGUAUUGGGGCCUCAAAUCAUCCGCUGCGUGCCCUCGGUGCGGUGAGUUCAAAGAUCACUUGCAUGUUCCACGGUACCCAGCAGCGUCGGCUAGGGACGAAUGGGAUCAAAGGGUGACCGCUCCCUCGCUCUGGAUGGAUAUGCAUCUUACCUCUCCUGCCAUCAAACAUGCAAUACUCCUUCUUCUUCAGGGCGUCCGCGAUCCAUCACGUCACACCUCUUGUUUGAUAUCUUGGACUAUUCGCCCCGCCUUUCUGGCACAGGAAGCUAUUGGGUGUCAGGGACUUUUGGAAGGCAGACUAGCCUCCUUGUGGCUGUCGCUACAACAAAAUUAUUUUGACAAGAUUCACAGUCGUCGGUCGGUUUCUCUGUGGGCUUCCCGUCUCUCGCAGCAACUCAUCUCCAUUGGGUUCUAUAUAUGGGAACAACGGAACGCCGUUCAACAUUCGGAUGACAAUGUUCAGCUCCGUGAACGUCACUGUGCUGUCAACGAGGGGAUUUACUCUCAGUUUGAUAUGGGUUCAGCCGAUUUACCUCCGGAUAUUAGACACAUGCUGACAUGCCGUCACAGUGUCCUCCGUAAGUCACUGGUGGACAAGGAAGAGUGGCUGAAGCUACUUCGACAGGAGCGCAAGGCCUAUCGUCGCUCUCUGCGGGCUCAACGCCGUAGCCUCCGGACUAUCUUUUCUGCUCCCCCCUCCUGA